AAAUCACCAAACUAACUGAAGACACUACUCGGUAACUGAAGAAGAAGAACUUCGACUUCGAGUUAGUUUAGAGGAACGACAACAAAAAGAUCACAAGAUAAUUACGCAUUAGUAGUUCUUGUGAAGUUUGCUGACAUAGAAUUACCGGGCGACAUGGAGACGGACGCAGCCUUGUUAUGGGGAUUCUUGAUCCUCAUAUUGUUAGUCGUAGCGACGGUGACAGGACUUCUGAUUCAUUCCGGCCUCCUAACUACUGUCGAAGUUAAAACUUGCAAACCAGAUAUAGGAGAGAUAAAGAUAGCCUACAAAUUUGCCAGAGGUCCUUAUAAGGAGUCUGGAAUGCUGUACACACAGGUUCACACACUUCUACCGCAGUACAGAACAGUUGGAGUGUACUAUGAUGAUCCUAAAACAAAGCAGCCUCAUAAGUUACGAUAUAUUGUGGGUAUCAUUAUUUCGGAGAAUGGCAGCGUUACGCCACCAGAACACAUCAAUCUUUUAGAAGAGAAUGGAUACCACUUUGCCACCUUUCCUGCCAUUGAUCACGCUGUUCAAACACGGUUUCCAUUUAAGAGCACCAUAUCCAUAAUUGUAGCCAUCAUGAAAGUUUACCCUGCCAUUCGUGAAUAUAUUGGUAAGUAUGUCUUUUUGGGGGUUUUCUGUUAAAAGUUAUAUCUAUAC